AUGGAAAGGUUGAAUGAUGAGAUUGCUCAGUUGAAGAACUACCCUACGGUAGACCAAUUGGAAGGAAUACUAAGUCGGUACAUAGAGAGCCAAGGAGAGAGUGAGUCUAGGAGCACAUUUUCAGCAUUUAUUAAUGCACUAGUCAAUUUCACUAUUCCGCAGGUUUAUGCCUCAUUGCCCAUGGAUCUUCAAUUGGGUAUACAAACGGUUUUCCAUUCGUCAUUGGUUGGAUUUGGUAAUCUAAUGAAUAAGAUAUCGGUAUUAUUGGCGAGGAGUUCAAGUAGUCAAGAUGAAUUGAAGCUAUAUAUGGGAAUAUUGGACAAAAUAGUUGAUGAUGACCUAGUUUUGACGUUAAAAUCUCGAGGAGGAGGAGGAGGAGGAGGAGGAGGAGGAGGAGGAGGAGGUUGCACACCAAUAGAGUUGAGAGAAAUUGACAAGUUGAUAUUUAGGGGAAAACUCUUGGCAAUAGCGAAUGAGUCAUCAUUAGCGCAUUCUGUUGUUGUGAGCAAUGUGCACCUACAAUCCACUACAAAUUACUUAGCAUACAUUUCGCAAUCAGUGCUCCGGUUACUUCAAACAGAUCAAGAUCCCCGACAACCACUGGGAAAAACAGAGAUAUUUAUACACUCUAUUUUGAAAUUUGAUAAACAAGCACCCACGGUGUUUUUUAACCUAUUUUUUCAGGAGCAUAACUGGAGCUUUUUUCAAUGUAUAUUUCAAUCGAUAACGAUAACCCCAUUCCAAAAGAAGGAAUAUUUAAAGAUUUUUCUUACAGGGUAUAUAAUCAAUAUAGUUACUCAGAACAACAUACUUGCAUUGUAUAACUUGCUAAAACCCACAGCAGAGAUAAUAGACGAGUCAAUAAUGGAGAGCAUUAUUACGAGCUGUUCCAAGAACUUAAUUCAGCUAACAGCAAUGAUUCUAAGUUGCACUGAUAAAAAACAAAGUGAAACUGUAUUUUCAAGACAAUUGAGCAAAUGGGCUGACCCUAUAUAUAUCAAAAACGAGCCAAUAACAAUCCAAGAAUCCAGGACUUUUUAUUUACUUGUCCAAAUGUCCUAUUUGCAAAACUCGCAAUUUUUACAAAACCUACCUCGCAAUAAAGCAUGUAUUACAGCAGUGAGUAAUAGAUUGCAAUCUCAUUCAAAUAAUGUUAAAGCAUUAGCUAUACUACUCGGUGAUAAUUUGUGUUUGCUAAACAAAGAAGAACCGAUUUUUAAAAGUUCAAAUAUAGAUAAUCCAUAUAAGGAUCUACUAGUACAGAAAAUACCACUAGAGCAUCACCUUCAAGACCAAAAAGCUUGGAAGAUUGUUCAAGGUGAAGAAGAAAACACAAAACAACCCACUACCAGCAUUACCAGCACCACCAGCACCACCAGCACUACUGUUGGUGAGAACAAUAACAACACUCAAGUGGUAUCCACAUCAAGUAUACCAACACCAUUAGAUAAAAGGAAACUCUCGAACGACGUAGAAAUGCUUCCACCAAAGCAAAAGAUCCCCAACCCAAUUUAUAUAAAAGAUUUAUUGGAUUAUUUGAACAUCGAUACUAAGAACGCCCAAGCGUAUGAAUUCCGUAGGAAAGCACUCAUUCAAGGCCCCGAUUUGUUAAAGCUGAAGUUCCAAUACGGUAACGAAGUAGAGUUUUAUUCAGAAGACCUAAUAACCAAUUUGAUUGCAUUGGAUAAUUUCUACAAUGAUUCCGAUUUUGAUGAAUUGAAAUUGCAAAACAUGGUUGCUGUAAUAGUUACUAAUCCAAAUGUUACAUUCCACACGUUUCAAUUAUUGCUCAAUGGUGAUUAUUCGCUACAGCAAAGAAUAAUUAUACUCACGGCAACUGGCCUUGCUGCGAGAGAACUUCGCGGAUUCACAAGCACCAGUAGUAACACUAGCAGCAACACAGACACCAGCACAAAGACCACAGAUAUCACCACAGUUUCUGAAAUAAAAGGUGUUCCUUUGGUGCUCCACAAUAAUUACAUGAAUUUAAACACAUCAACUGUAUCCACCACUACAUCAACUACACCAAAAUUCUCCAAACUAAUAGGAACGAAUUUUUUCUUUCCUUUGUUAAAUGUAUGGUACAAAGCUGGUCGUAUAGACAUUGGGCAUUACCUGUCGUUGUUCGUCUCACAUUAUAUCAAAACCCUCAGCAUUUACAUUCAUUGUGCAUACCCAUCAUCUACUCAACUCAAGGAUAUGUGUAAAGAGUAUUUAUCACUAAGUUGUAUAAUCAUCCGAGAAAUCAAAUUGGAUGAGAUCCAAUUAAUCGAUAGUAUCAGUUUAGGAGUGUUAUUAAUUUUCGAUGUACUUGAGGGACUUUAUCUAAUACAGAAUUUCAAUGAUGAUAUAAUAUUUAUUACAAGUUGGCUUCAAAAUGUAUGGGAAUUGAUAAUUGAUCCCACGGUGAAACUGAAUGCUGCCAAAUUGCUUUUUAAAGUUCAAGAAACGGCCAAGAAAUACGAACGGACGAUAAUAUACCAAGAUGGCUUUUACUAA